UCUCUGGAGAAGCUCAGCACCCGUGGCUGCGAGGAGCAGGCCGGGCACCUCCUCCCGAGCGGUGAUUCCCUCUGGGCUGGCGAAGGCGAGGCCGCAGUCUUGGGUGCUACAGCGUCUGAGCCGUGGGGGGGCCAGGUGCUGGGAGCAAGAGACGCAGGUAUGUCUUCAGGGUAAAUUCCUUAAAUUGGGGAUGCUGCAUAUGAAGCUACAUCCACAUCUCAUUAUGCAUCAGAAAAAUGAAAAAACAGAGGAAAAUACUAUGGAGGAAAGGAAUCCACUUAGCCUUUUCUGAGAAAUGGAAUACUGGAUUUGGAGGCUUUAAGAAAUUCUACUUUCACCAACACUUAUGCAUUCUGAAUGCUAAGUUGGGAAGGUCAUUUACUUGGAAUAGACAGUUGAGUCAUUUUCAUUGUAGAAAGAAGGCUCUUCAAAUCCAGAAAUCAUGGAUUCAGGAUGAAUCUUUUUGUGCUAAGACUAAAUCCAGUGUGGCUACUCAGAAUCCUAGUACUUUGUCUUCUAAAGUGAAAAGAAAGGACGCUAAGUACUUCAUUUCUUCCUCAAGKAGUCUUCUGAAACUCCAAGCAGAGAAGUUACUAUCAUCAGCAAAGAACUCGGACCAUGAAUACUGUGGAGAGAAGAGUCUCUUAAAGGCAGUCGCUGGCUUGCCAGCAAGUAGUGCAUUAGGUCAGACCAAUGGUCAUAGACCUAGGACAGUGCCGCAGGCUUCUGAGUUUCCCAUGAAGUUCACUGGGGAAAGCCAAAGUCCAGGUGAGAGUGGCAAGAUUGUGGUCACCUUGAGCAAUCAUAAGAGAAAGCGCUUUUGUUAUGGCUGCUGCCAAGAACUAGAACACCACAGGAGUGGGGGACCCCUGAUUCCAAAAAAGUUCCAACUUAACCAACAUCGAAGAAUAAAAGUGUCUCCACUGAUGAUGUAUGAGAAGUUAUCCAUGAUUAGAUUUCAGUAUAGGAUUCUCAGAUCCCAGCACUUCAGAACGAAAAGCAAAGUUUGCAAGCCAAGGAAAGCCCAGCGAAGCUGGGUACAAAAGGUCACUGGGGACCACCAAGAGACCCUUAAAGAUAAUACGGAGGGUGGCAGUUGUAGCCCAUUUCCUUCCCCAGAACCUAAAGAUCCUUCUUGUCAGCAUCAGCCAUACUUCCCAGAUAUGGACAGCAAUGUUGUAGUGAAGGGAAAGAAUUCCCAUAUGCCUGAUGAUCACCCUAAAGGAAGUCCUUUCCCAGACAAGGAGCUUAAUUUAGAUGAAGCAUUCCCUGACCAACAGAAUGGCAGUGCCACAUACACUUGGGACCAAUCACCUUGUUCGUCUCCAAAGUGGGAGUGUACAGAGCUGAUUCAUGACAUGCCCUUGUCAGAACAUCAUUCUAGUAAAACGUUCACUUCAGAAACUGAAAAAGAAAUUAUGACUCUGGAUCAGGAAAAUCGGACAAGCACUGUCAGUGAUGACAGAGUAAAGCUGUCAGUGACGGGAGCAGAUAAAUCUGUGAGUAGUGUAGAUGGGCCUGUGUCUGAAGAGAAUGWUCACAAUGAGAACUCCUACCAGAUGGAAGAGGAUGGAUCUUUCAAGCAGAACAUUCUUAGUUCUAAGUUGCUGGACCACCCUUACUGUAAAAGUCCACUGGAAGCUCCCCUGGCAUGCAGUGAACUCAAACUAGAAAAUCAACUGGGAGGGGGGAAGAACAACUCAAAAGCAUCUCCAGUGGACGAUGAACAGCUUUCAGUCUGCCUUUCUGGAUUUCUAGAUGAGGUUAUGAAAAAAUAUGGAAGUUUGGUCCCACUCAGUGAAAAAGAUGUCCUUGGAAGAUUAAAAGAUGUCUUUAAUGAAGACUUUUCCAAUAGAAAACCAUUUAUCAAUAGAGAAAUAACAAACUAUCGGGCCAGACAUCAAAAAUGCAACUUCCGCAUCUUCUACAAUAAACAUAUGCUGGAUAUGGAUGAUCUGGCAACCUUGGAUGGUCAGAAUUGGCUAAAUGACCAGGUCAUAAAUAUGUACGGUGAGCUGAUAAUGGAUGCAGUCCCAGAUAAAGUUCACUUCUUCAACAGCUUUUUUCAUAGACAGCUGGUAACCAAAGGAUAUAAUGGAGUUAAGAGAUGGACUAAAAAGGUGGAUUUGUUUAAAAAGAGUCUUCUAUUGAUUCCUAUUCACCUGGAAGUCCACUGGUCUCUCAUUACUGUGACACUCUCUAAUCGAAUUAUUUCAUUUUAUGAUUCCCAAGGCAUUCAUUUUAAGUUUUGUGUAGAGAAUAUAAGAAAGUAUUUGCUGACUGAAGCCAGAGAAAAAAAUAGACCUGAAUUUCUUCAGGGUUGGCAGACAGCUGUUACGAAGUGUAUUCCACAACAGAAAAAUGACAGUGACUGUGGAGUCUUUGUGCUCCAGUACUGCAAGUGCCUCGCUUUAGAGCAGCCUUUCCAGUUUUCUCAAGAAGACAUGCCCCGUGUGCGGAAGAGAAUUUACAAGGAGCUGUGUGAGUGCCGGCUGCUGGACUGACUCAGCAGUGCUCUGCAAGUCUGACCAAGUUGGAACAGAUGGUUUGUUACUUGAAUCUCCAAACACUCAUUUGAAUUUUUACAGAUAUUCAGAUCAGUGGUGUUGGGCCACUAUUGUUACCUCAAAUUUAUUUUUUGCCCUUAUUCAUUUCUCCAACUACCAUGUACUUUUUUAAUAUUCAGUUUGGUUUCAUUUUUAAUUUUAUGGAUUCCGCGCGUCCCUCCCAUAUUUAAUAUUUAUUAUCCAAACGCAUGCAUAUAGACAGAGCAUGCAGUGAAGAGUAUUAAAAAAAAAAAAAGCCUAG